AACUUUUUGGGAAAAUGCCCUCGACAAUUAUUAACUGGUUCUGAUGUGAGCUGGGCUCUUCGCUCUGCUUGGUCUUGCAGUUUUUUAAUUCCUGUGACAAAAUGUGCGUGAGAAGAUAUCUUGGAUUUGUUCUUCUGGUUUGGUUUCCAGGAGCGCUGCAUGCACAAAGUGCAACUCAGCCUUGUCAUGCUCCCAGACUGAGUGGUGGUUAUUUGGUCCCUGAACAAAACACGUACCCUAAUGGAACAAAGCUCACUUAUGCCUGUGAUAACGGACAUAAACCAGCAGUGGAGGGUUGGUGGGCAACAAGCACAUGUUUAGAUGGUACAUGGUCUCAUGAACCACAAUGUAUAGAUGAAAAAGCCUGUAUGCCACCAACUAUCCUCAAUGCAAUGUACACUGUAAACACAAAUGGUUGGUAUGAGGAGAGAGACAAAAUCUGGAUAACAUGUAAUGAAGGAUAUGAACACAAAGACUGGGACGCCACAGCUGAAUGUGUAAAUGGAACAUGGUCCUCUGUGCCGAUUUGUGAGAAGAGUAUCCAUGCAUGCGGUGAGCUCCCUAAGAUCCCCCAUGCCGUCAUCAUUGAUAAGGAAUAUCAGGAGGUGUUUCCUGGAGAUACAGUAGUGCAGUAUGAAUGUGAAGAUGGAUAUACUGUAGAGGGAGCAGACACCAAAAAGUUCAUCUAUUGCAUCGCUGGAAACUGGAUUGAAGGCCCAACGUGCAACAGAGUAACCGGACCAGGUGCUGGACAGGGUGGUACUGCAGAGGUUGAAACAGCUGGGCCAUCUGCUGGCAGUGGGACACAACCUGAAGUUGAUGACUCUAGAGGUACUGGACAUGGUGGCUCCACAGGGGGAGGAACAGGUGGGGGACACUCUACAUCAACUGGCAGUGGGACACAACCAGAAGUUGAUGACACUAGAGGUACUGGACAAGGUGGCUCCACAGGGGGAGGAAGAGGUGGAGGACACUCUACAUCAACUGGCACUGGGACACCUGCAGGUGGAGGCAGAGGAACCAGACCAGGUACUGGACAUGGUGGUUCUGGAGUGGGGGGAGCAGGUGGGGGGUCCACUACGUCAACUGGCAGUGGGACACAACCUGCAGGCAGCAGACCGGGUACUGGAGAUGGUGGAUCUGCAGGUGGGGGACACACUACAUCUACUGGUAGUGGGACACAACCUGUGGGUGGAGGCAGCAGACCGGGUACUGGAGAUGGUGGAUCUGCAGGUGGGGGACACACUACAUCUACUGGUAGUGGGACACAACCUGUGGGUGGAGGCAGCAGACCGGAUACUGGAGAUGGUGGAUCUGCAGGUAGGGGACACACUACAUCAACUGGUAGAGGGACACCACCUGUGGGUGGAGGAUCUUCUGGCAGCUCUGGGUUGAAUGAGAUGGAGACUGAACAUCAAAUCACAACAAUCAGAAACUGUGGAAACCAUCCCGUAGUUCCUAAUGGUGAUGUCGUGGGAAAUUCUCAAAGGUUUUUGAGGUACCAAUGCGCUCAGUUUUACAAACGAGUGGGUCCAGAGGACGUGGUGUGUUACAGCGAUGGCACGUGGUCAGAAGUACCAACCUGCAGAGCUGCCUUCUGCAGUGUGAACACUGAUGAAUAUCCUCAGUUAAUACCUGGUGGAGUUAAAUAUAUAAAAGAUGGUGAGACGGUGAGAUUGGAGUGUGUGCAUCUGGAUCACUGGUGGACAACACAUUAUUCUGUAGGCCGGUGCACUUUCGGAAGACUGUCACUUUCCAGAUGUUGUGACUGGCUUGACCUAAAGAGGAAUAAAUGCUGAGGCUCUAUCACCAAGGGGGAGAUACUGUCACCUUUGAAUUUUCCUCGACACAGACUUAAAACUUUUGAGACAACCAAGUUAUGAAUAUGCUGUCACACACUGUGAUGGGCUUUUCAUAUUGAUCUGUGAAUGCCUACAAUGCAGAAGCAAAUUGGUCUGUGUGUUUUUAAAGCUCCAAAAAUACCUCAACAAAUACAGUGUAUAUUUGAUGGACAGGCCCCAAUAAAGUCUUCAACUUGGAUUUAAACUCUA